AUGAGGAUCCAAUGCUUCCUCCACCCACAAUUGCGCGCGGCUCUCCCACGAUCUGUGCAGAGAGAUCUCAGUAGCAGAUUAUUUACUCGGUUCAAGACGACUCAGAACGCAUUCAAAGGAAAAGGCUCACCUGCUUUGAAACCGAACGAGAACAAUGGUAGCCUGACCGGCUCCAGUGCUUCUACGAUCUCCCCGACGACACACGCAAAGACCACCAUCAGACGAGGUAGCGGGAUACCCUGGACCAAGCCCAGCCGAUAUUCUGGACAUGAUGCUAAGAGCAAGCUUAUAGGACCUCCAGAACGGAUAUUGAUCUAUCACGGGGGGACGGGAAAGGUCAUAUUCCUGGGCAUGUUGCGUAUCACGACGAUAUUUCUCUUUGGAGUCUCUUGCCUUAUCGUGGCUCCAGCCUUUUUCUCUGACGACUACCCAUGGUAUAUAGCGCCGGCUGUGGUCGUCGGUGGCGCGUUACCGAUGCUCUUCGUUGCUUACACUUCUGCCCCGUUUGUGAACUUUGUACACCUUGCGCUUCCCGUUUUUGCUCGUCGUUCGCGGGAGCAGACCCUACAGUAUGCGAAGAACUUACCUCCAACAGCUACAUUAUAUAUCAAUACUAUGAAGUUCACGACGAUCCCGCGGCAGACUGAGGUGCGAUUGGGAGACCUGGUUCGUGACAAGGCCUUGUUACGGCCUGUGAGCUUCCGAAAUACCAACCCAGCUCCUCUACCUUGGUGGGCAGGUAGGACAUUGAGGCAAUUCUACACGGCAGAAAAGAGUCAGCCAGGGAAAGAGUCGUCCACAUUUUAUCCUGAACUGUGGGAGCAUGUAUACAGGCAGAUUCCAACCUCACCACGACUGAGGCGAAGUUAG